AUACCGGCUUCGGCAAUAACAAAAGGGAUGAUGGCUUUGGUGACACGAGGUUUGGCAGUGCAACGUCAAGUGGUUUUGGUGGAAGUUCUACUGGAUUUGGGGGAGGCGAAAAAGAUCGGGGUUUCUACGGAGGUGGAUUGUCGUCGUGGAGGUUCUGGGGAUAGCGACGGAAGAGAUCGCAAGUGUUUCAACUGCAUGCAAGAGGGACAUCGUUCGAAUGAAUGUCCGUGCCAAAAACUGUGGUCAGAGCGACCAUCUUUCUCGGAAUGCCCCAAUCCUCCAAAACUCCAACUUGAUCGACUAGACAAGCAACGAAAGCCAUUUAUCCCGAAAGGUGAAGAUGUGGAGUUGUUGAACAAAGAACACAUUGAACAGGGUGAACUGUUCACGAAAUUGUUCGAAGCAGAAAACUGUGGUUAUAAAAGUCCAACAACAAUUCAGCAGUAUGCAAUCCCAGCGAUUUUCAAAGGGAUUCGAUGGCUUGUGCACAAACGGGAUCUGGUAAGACAGCUCCUUCCAUUCAUGACAACACUCAUCCGCACCAACAAUCUCUGUGAAAUGGCUGAACGCACAUGCCCUAGGUGA